CUGGAAGCAUAAUUGUGGAUUUUUUUUUGUGUGACUUCUGCCGGUGUUCUUCUCCACUGUGUGCAACCUUUUGAACACACAUACACACACACACACACACACACACACACACACACACACACACACACACACACACACACACACACACACACACACACACACACACACACACACACACACACACACACACACACACACACACUGGAUUAACGGAGGAGCUUGAGAGCCACAGUCUCUGGUGGUGUGUUCAGAGGAGGAUCUCCAACAUGCUUUUCCCCUCGGAGACUUCCUGCAACCUGACGUUCCCAAACUGCAGUUUCCCUCCUGAUCUGCAGCCCGGCGCCUCAAUGCCUUCUGGGAAUUUCACGGGGAAAAGGAACCACUCUGACCCUUUCGGACGCAAUGAAGAAGUGGCGAAGCUGGAGAUCAGGGUGCUGAGUCUGGUGUUCGUGGCGGCGGUUUUGGGGAACGCGAGCGUGCUGCUGGCGAUGUACCGGACGCGCAGGAAGCCCUCCAGGAUGCACCUGUUCAUGAAACACCUGAGUUUGGCCGAUCUGGUCGUCGCCUUCUUCCAGGUUCUGCCGCAGCUCUGCUGGGAAAUCACCUUCAGAUUCUACGGCCCGGACUUCCUGUGCCGCAUCGUGAAACACCUGCAGGUCCUGGGCAUGUUCGCCUCCACCUACAUGAUGGUGAUGAUGACGCUGGACCGCUACAUCGCCAUCUGCCACCCUCUCCAGACUCUUCAGCAGCCCACGCAGCGCGCCCACAUCAUGAUCGGUUCCACGUGGUUGUGCAGCCUGGUUCUGAGCAGCCCGCAGUACUUCAUCUUCUCCCUGAGCGAAGUGACGCCCGGAUCAGGUGUGUACGACUGCUGGGGGCAUUUCGUGGAGCCGUGGGGUCUUCGUACCUACAUCACCUGGAUGGCGGUGGGCAUCUUCCUGCUGCCAGUAGCCAUUCUGGUGUUCUGUUACGGCUUAAUCUGUCUCACCAUCUGGAGGAAUCUGAAGUAUAAAACGCGUCGGAGUACAUCAGGCUCGGCACCAGAGAGGAUGCUGGGUCGCAGCUCCGUCAGCAGCAUCAGCACCAUCUCUAGAGCUAAGCUACGCACCGUGAAGAUGACCUUCGUGAUCGUGCUGGCGUACGUGGUGUGCUGGGCGCCGUUUUUCACCGUGCAGAUGUGGUCCGUGUGGGACGAGAGCUUCGUGUGGCACGAUUCGGAGAACAAGGCGGUGACGGUGGCCGCUCUGCUGGCCAGCCUCAACAGCUGCUGCAACCCCUGGAUCUACAUGAUCUUCAGCGGUCGCCUGCUCUCAGACUUCACCCUCAGUUUCCCGUGUUGCCGUCCUCUCCGCAGGAAGUUAGGACACCAAGACUCGGACAGUAGCAGCCGGAGAACAACUCUGCUGUCCCGCCUGCAGGGGUCCCGCCUCUCAGAGCCCUUCAGAGACCUCAACACACCCCCAAAAAACUGCCCCCAGGUCGAGUCUGCAUCCUGACCACCGGAAACACCAACUACGUGUGUUUGAUUUACUGAGAAUGAGAGAAAAACAUGAACUUCUCUGCUGUGUUGUCGCAGUAGGAAGGUGUGAUCUCACUGUAGGAGCCAACAUGCUGUGGUAGCCUGUGUUUAUCGUUAUAUUAUCUUCAUUAUUUGUUAAAGGUCCCCUAUUAUACUGUUUUUCAUCAAUAUAUCACAGGUCUCAGAUAUAUCCAGAACCUGUCUCUGAUUGGCUGAAACACCAAACAGAUCAUUGCAGCAUUACCCAUAAUCCCCUCUGUUUCAGCCCUGUUUCCAAAGUGCUGAUUCUCUGUCUGUUACUUUAGAUGAAAAUAAGGAGCCCCUCCCCACGCCCCUCUGAGAGACAUUUGGUUAAAAAUAACACUAUGUACUUUACCGUACUUUACCGAACGCAGAUCGCGUUCACACCGGAAUAAGUCCCUGGGGGAAAAUUACGCAAAUGAAGCCACUGACGUCACUUCUUCUUCUUCUGCUUUGGGUUUAUUGGCAGGCCGCAAACAACUUCACGGCGUAUACUGCCACCCGAAGUCCCCGGCCGGAAGUCCCCGGAGUUGGGGACUGGCUUCAGUAGAAGCUGCUGGGACUCCCACAUGAGACUUUUCUGUUUGUAAGAAAGUUUCUCAUGUCACCCACAGCCUGUUUGCUUUGGUAUGAUCCAGUAUGGGAAAUUCCACUCUGGCAAAAUUAAUGGUGUUUGUUUAACUCUUUCUUAUAAGUCAUUUUGGGGGCUAUUAGCAUGUUGGUCUCGUCCGCAAAUUAUUUAGUAAUCCAACUUCUUUAGAGUAUGAUAGGGCUGCACGGUUAGAGAAAAAAAAAAAAUUGUUAUUAAUUUGAACAGGGAGGACUGGGACUAAAAGUCAGCCCGGGACUCUCGACCGACUCACUUCGGUACCGUCGGCCCACCUCGGUACAAGUAAGUAAAUACCACUAGUACAUUUGACCUACAUUUGGAUAUUUCACUAGUCAAUACUGCGAUUUCGGUAACAUUUGGAUACAUUUUGCAACCCAAAAAAAGCACUUUGCUGCUGGUUUGUAGCACUAGGAAGGUAUGAACUCAUGUUAGUGUGCGGUCACACCUACAGUCUGUUUUCUUUGGACUAAAACAGAGUGGAAAAGUUUACUCUGUGGCAAAAUGUACGGUGUUUCUUUGUUUAGCUGCAGCUUUAAUAACUCUUUUAAGUCCGUUUUUUUCUCCCGCUGACAGCUAUUAGCGUUUUUCUUCAUUUAUCAUCUCCUGAACAUGAGCAUCUGUCCACACUGAAAUUCAUUUUGUGAUGCAUGGAGAAAAAUUGGCAUCCUUUAAUACCCCGUAAACCCUGCUGCAGCCGGGUUGUUAGCUUUAGAUUUUGAGAUAACAGUCACUGAGUAAACGUGAUAAAACCAAGCUUUCCCCACAUUACCAGUUUAUCGUGGAUACUGUCAGAGUGUGAUGACUGAUGGAUCUGGCCUGUUAUGGUCUGUGUAAGUAGAGAGGUGCUGGGAUGUCGUAUUUUUAUAGGCUUACCCUGAAGGUAGCACUACCGGCAUUCCCUUUAAAAAGCCAACGGGAUUUUCCAUUGGCUUUUUGAAUAUUGAAUAAAAAUAAACUUUAAUCUCCACCUCAUGAUUAUUGAAGUAAAAAGCUAAUGUUGGGCUAUAAAGGAACUACAGCACGGUCACAUGACUUCACGUCACCACCGCUAAACUAAAGGCGGCUAAUGUUGGGUUAUAAAGGAACUAACGCACGGU